AUGAGCGACACCACCAAACCCCCCGCCUCCGCCACAUCGCUCCCCCAGACCGUCUCGACCAAGGUCGGUCGAGCUCACCAAGGCGUUGUCCCAUUCGUCCUCGCUUCUGGGGCGAAGUGCGACUUUACCAAGGUCUUCGAAGCUCCAAGCUACCGGUACUGGAGCAAAGGACGGAUGAUCUUCAUCACCCACCUCAAGUGGAGCUGGAAGGGGGAGGAGUGGAAGAUAUCCCGAGUCGCCGCUAUCGCGACUUGGCGGGUCGCUUUCGACUUCAUGCUGCGGGGGAGAUAUAUCGUCAGGGAGGUUUGGGGUGAUUAG